AUGGCCGCCUCCACGUCUCCCUCUAAGAGACUUUUCCCCGUGCCCCCAGGCGCAACCGCCACGGUUUCGAUCAUCGACACCACCUCGCGCAUCGGGCGGCUCGCCGUGUCUUACCUGAUGGCACCCCCCAUGCCAGGCUUCGAGACCAUGCCGGACCUACCGUCGUGGUCGUUCCUGGUCGAAUCCCGCACCACGGGCAAGAAGGCGCUCUUUGACCUCGGCGUGCCGCCCGACUGGGAGAACUUUGCGCCCGCCGUGAGCGAGACGCUCAAGACGAGAGGGUGGGAGAUCUCUGCCCAGAAGCACACGAGUCAGAUCCUGGAGGAGAAUGCGGUCGAUCCGAAGAGUGUCGGCAGUAUUGUCUGGAGUCACUGGCACUGGGAUCACCUGGGCGAUCCGUCGACGUUCCCUCCUUCGACCGAGGUGGUGGUAGGUCCGGGAUUCAAGGAGGCUUUUAUGCCUGGAUACCCAGGCAAGGCGGAUUCUCCCGUGCGGGAGUCUGAUUUCAAGGGACGGGAACUGCGCGAAGUGACAUUCACCGAGCCCGGCACGCUACAGAUCGGCGAGUUCCGCGCCCAAGACUUCUUCGGUGACGGAUCCUUCUACCUCCUCGACACGCCCGGCCAUGCCGUCGGCCAUGUGUGCGGGCUGGCGCGCACGACGUCGGAGCCAGACACCUUCAUCUUCAUGGGCGGCGACCUGUGCCACCACGGCGGCGAGAUCAGACCGUCCACGUACAUGCCGCUCCCGGCGCAUAUCCACCCGCACGCGAUGACCACGAGGGCGCUGCACUCGCCCUGCCCGGGCGCCGUGUUCGAGGCCGUCCAGCGCACGCGGGGCAGGUCGCCGACGCAGCCCUUCUUCGACCCGGCCAUGGGCCUCUCCAUCCCCCAGGCGAUCGAGACGAUCGUGCGGGCCCAAAAGGCCGACGGCGACGACAACGUGCUCUUCAUCUACGCGCACGACACGACCGCGAGGGGCGUCGUCGACUUGUUCCCCGCCACCGCCAACGACUGGAAGCAAAGAGGGUGGCGCGAGAAGAUGUUUUGGGCGUUUCUCGCGGAUUUUCGCAUCGCUGAGACUUGA